CCUUUGCUGUGGGGCAAACCCAAGUCUCGAUGAUUUCUGUAGAUAAAAGAGACGUUGGUAAAUUUGCGAUGUAACGCCAGAUUGGACCCGUCUCGCCCCUCCCUCGACCAAUGGCUGCCACCGGGUCCCUUUAAGAGACCAGGAGCCCGCCGGGCGUCGGUGGCCGAAGCGGAUCUUCUUUUCUGCUCCUCCCCUGCCCCGCGCGGCGAAUGGUUCGCGCCGGCCUAUAUUUACCCGAGAUCUUCCUCCCGGGCCGUAAGGAUGUGAGGCUGCCGAGCCGGCCACCGCGCGCAGCACUGAGAGGGCGCGCUGCAAAGGCGGGCCGCUGACGGACGGGAUCCCGGGAGCAGAGCUGAACGACCCCGGGAGGGAAGUAAUGAGAUAGCAGCCGUCCCGGAGCCGAUCAUGGGCGCGCCCGGCCCUCGGAGCCCCGUGCUGCCCUGGCGGAACCAGCGGGGACAGUGAGCCGGUCGAGCGCGUCCCCGGCGUCCGGCCGGAGCGAAGAUGCAGUGAGCCACCGCGGGGCUGUGCGCGGGGCCCCCCGUGGCCAGCCGGACCCGCCACCUGACCGCACUUUGGGCCAGCAGUGAUUCUGGGACCGGCCCAGCGGAGGGGCUCUCUGUCUCCAGCACCCCUUGGGGGUGGGGAGUCUCGGCUCUUUGGCGCACUCGCUGCUGAGUUCCCGCAGUUUCUGGCCCGAGCCCCGGGGUUGUGGGUGAGCGUGAGGGGGUCCCUUUACACGUUUGCCGAGGAGUUUCUGCGUAUUCUCGCACCAUCCCGGGUGCUUUUGCUGGGGCUCCCUCUGUUUGCAGCACGCAUCUAGCUUUUCCUGAGACAUUUUCUGCUCCACUCUCAUUCCGUCUUUCUCUCGUUUUGCUUGCUUGAGUCUUUGCCUUCGCCCUUGCCCAGGCUAGAGUAAUUCUUUGUGAGCACGCGUGCUAUUAUUUUAUUUUUUUUGAGCACUUGCGUCUGAAUAUUUUCUUUUAAUAAUUCUAUCUCCACCCCCUGCGGGGUUCCAGAACUACCCCUCCCCCCGCCCCCCUUAUCCUUCCACCACUCGGCCGCUCCCAGCAGAGUUUUUUUUUUUUUUCCCCCUUGGUCUUGCCCGGGCCAAGCCCUACCGGGGCGGGUGGCUCAGCCCGGCUCGCACCCGGCGCUCCGCCGCCGCAGCCUAGCUGUGUCGGGGUGCCCUCCGGAGAUGCUGCCGUGGAAGAAGCACAAGUUCGAACUGCUGGCCGAGGCGCCACCGCGGCAGGCGUCCAAGCCCAAGGGCUACGCGGUGAGCCUGCACUACUCGGCGCUCAGCUCGCUGGCGCGGGCUUGUCCCGAAGGCGCGCUCAGCCGGGUGGGCAGCAUGUUCCGCUCCAAGCGUAAGAAACUGCACAUCACCAGCGAGGACCCCACCUACACCGUGCUCUACCUGGGCAAUGCCACCACCAUCCAGGCGCGCGGCGAUGGCUGCACGGACUUAGCGGUGGGCAAAAUCUGGAGCAAGAGCGAGGCGGGCCGUCAGGGCACCAAGAUGAAGCUGACGGUGAGUGCGCAGGGUAUCCGCAUGGUGCACGCCGAGGAGCGCGCGCUGCGCCGCCCGGGCCACCUCUACCUGCUGCACCGCGUCACCUACUGCGUGGCGGACGCGCGGCUGCCCAAAGUCUUCGCCUGGGUUUACCGUCACGAGCUGAAACACAAGGCGGUAAUGCUGCGCUGCCACGCGGUGCUCGUGUCUAAGCCCGAGAAGGCGCAGGCCAUGGCCCUGCUGCUCUACCAGACGUCGGCCAACGCGCUGGCAGAAUUUAAACGCCUCAAGCGGCGGGACGACGCGCGUCACCAGCAGCAGGAGUUGUUGGGCGAGCACACCAUCCCUAUAGUGCCGCUGCGCAAGCUCCUCCUGCACGGACCUUGCUGCUACAAGCCGCCGGUGGAGCGCAGCCGCAGCGCGCCCAAGCUCGGCUCCAUCACCGAGGACCUGCUCGGCGAGCAACAGGAGCAGGAGCUACAGGAGGAAGAGGAAGAGGAGCACCCUGAGGGCUUCCCGGAGGAGGAGGAGGACCGUGCAGUGGAGGGGGGCCACGCGGAGGAGGAGACCGAGGCGCAGCGGACACUGGUUAUGGCUAUGCAUUUCGAAUGCGGGGACUUGCUGGACACGCUGGAGAGCGGCCGCGAGGAGGCGCUGCGGAGCGACGGGGUCUCGCUGGGCCGGGGGGACGGGUCGUCGCCUCUGCUGCUGGGCAGCGCUGCCGACAUGAAGGCCGAGCUGUCGCAGCUCAUUAGCGACCUGGGAGAGCUCAGCUUCGGCAACGACGUGCGCAGCCUGCAGGCCGACUUGCGUGUGACGCGCCUGCUGUCGGGCGAGAGCACUGGCAGCGAGAGCUCCAUAGAGGGCGGGGGCCCGGACGCCACCUCUGCCACCCCUGGGGACCCGUCGGGGUCCGCUGAUGGCGCCAGUCCGGAGGAGCCCCACUCGGGCUGAGCUCCCAGCAGCCUCCUGCCCGCGACCCCGGCGCCCCACUGUGACUCCCCACCCUUCCUCCGACAACUCUCCUCCGACCGCCCCCCAGGAAAGGGGGAAAGGACAGUUAGGGUUCACACCUCCGCUGGGGCUGAGGUCCAGAGUUCCACCUGUCGCCUCUCUCCCCACGUUUGGCCGCGGUGGAGAGGUGGGCGAGUGGGAAACCCCUGAUAGGGAGGGAGGGAGAGCAGCCCCCUGGGGUGGGGGUGGGGGGUGAGGGAAAGGGCCGGCUGAAGUUAGCAAAGUCCCACAGGCUGAGGUGCCUGCCGGCCGGUUUCCUGUUUUUGGGGCAGCUGGGGCCGAGAAGGAGGGGUUAACUUCCUCCCCCCACCCACUACUGGGAGAGGCCUGGCACUGUCAUUGACGUGUUAUUAAAAAAAAAAAAAAAAAAAAAA